AGUGCACCAGGCUUUGGUGGAUGCGAGUGAAUGAUAUUCGAGUUCCACUUCUGACACCAAUUGGCGUCUAGGGAGGGGAGAAUGAGGACGCUGUCAUUCGAGAAUCUGCGGAGGCUCGUUGGCCGGCGAAAAGACCGGGACGAGCCGUCGUUCGAGCGCAGUGAGUCUUUCAAGCGCAUAUCCAUCCGCAAGAGCUACUUGGACCGGGGCAAAAGACGUAUCAGGCAACACCAACUCCACCAAAAGUCGAGCGAGGUACCAUCAACGGUUUCGACAACUGCCGAGUCCUCCGUCCACAUUGUCGAUAAAUCGACGGCGCCAACUGUGGUCACGGUCCACGUGUCGUCGCAACCACUGGCGAAGAGUAACAGUGGAGUCAUUAUCGGUCCCACGGUCAUCCAAGUGCGAGGUAGUGGUCACUACUCGGACGAAUUUGAGAUCGACGAGAAGAAGGACCGGAAGAUCAAUCGUGAUGACGUGGAGAUAAUCAAGACAGGUGGCAAUAACGAGGACGACCCGAACAACGACUAUGAAGAAGAGGAUGAAAAGAAACUAAAGCGCGAGACUGCGGGGACCAUUGUCUACGGACAGUGGAUGCUCAAUGACGCUGAUUCCUCGUACAACUCGUCCAAAGAACGUGAGUCCCGUGUUGGUGACUCCUACUCUUCCCGGGACUCGAGGUACAAUGUAGAUUCGUCCUCCCGGGAAAGGAUAUAUAUUACAACGACGAGUCCGGACAAUAAACCCACUGUACCACCAGUCCGCAAGUGCAACAAUAACAACAACAACAAUAAUAAGGUGUCUUCGGUCCUGAUCGAGCUGGAAAAGUCCCCGCUCUUGCCCAGGUCACAGGUCAAAGUGGUCCAGGAGCGAGACGAGAGUGUCUGGACUCCAGCAUCGCCAGUGUCCAAGGACUGCACCUGCGGCGCUGUCACAACCGUGAACGUGGGAAACGGCAGUUGGAACAAGUCGAGCAACGUCCUUCUCAGCCAGGGUGUCUGCAGCGAUCGUGGUUCCGCCAUAAGUGUCAUCGGAGUGAGUGGUGUCAGCAGUGGGCCAGUGUCGUUGGCCAGUAGUGGUGGGAUCAAACCUACCGUCAACGGUAACAACAGGACUGACACCGCGAGGACCACCGGGUCGGGCUUCAGUCUGUCCCUGUCCAUCUCGAGGCUGACGACGGACCUCCGAGCCGCGGCCGUGUCCACCAAAAAUGAGCUGUUCAGGAGACGCAAGAGGCCAACCACCCAGCAGACCAAGCCCUCCCCAAGCGUCAGUCCCGAGGGAUAUUUUGAACGAACAGCUGGUGCAACCACCACCGCCCAGGGUCCAAGCGCCUUUGCGAGGAGGUCUAAGAGAAACGCGAUGGCCGGUAGUGGCAGAAGGAGGCCAACGGUGUACGGGUCGCGAAGGAGGAAGAAGAUCGUGGCGAGGCCCGAUCCAGUGGUCCCGGACAGUCCUGUGUGGUUCGUGCCACCAGAGAGGCGGAGGUCGAGCCGACAGAGAGGCAGGGUCUGGCGGGAGGUGAGGUACCUGCCCCAGGACGAAGGAAGGUUGGAGGAUGCCGACAGCAACGACAGCAAGGCUCGGCAUAACAGCAACGAAAACAACUGGUCCAACGACUCGAACCUGUCGGACGAGUUCGACGACAGGAAGCUCCUGCUCUCGGGGGAUUUUGAAGAACGGGGUCCCAAACAAGGCCUCACCAGGGGAGAUUGUUGCAGUAACAACAACAACAACAACAACGCCUCGAGCCUCGACUCGUCGUCCCUGAUAUCGAGCUACUCCGCGUCGCUGCUGCCCAAGCCGAAGAUCAGCGACUUCAACGAGGAAAAAAUAUUCUACGAGGAGUACCGGGGAGACGCGGCCAGUAAGUCCGCGAAGUCCUCCGGCAACAAGACGGUGGUCGAGUGCAAUUACUUUGCGAGCAGUCAAUUUGUGGGAUUUGUGGCCAAGAGCGCAGCGCGAACUGCUGCUACUGGCGGUGGAUCUGGUAACGCGGUGUCGCGGUGCGUCGAGUGUACGUUGGCUCCGUCGUCGACGAGUAGUGAAAGUGAGCCCGAGAAGCAGCGGCAGGGUCGCGUGCUUUUGGUCGUCGGGGCAAAGGACGCCAAGGACGCGGUGGUGGGUGCUGGUAGGACUGGCAACGCCGAACGGCGAAACUGCUCGGUCGUGUUGGUGCUGGAGGGCCAGAGGCCGAGUGGUGCUGGGUCGAGGCAGCAGGAGGUUGGACCCGGGCAGAGGAGGAGGCCGCUCAGGAGAAAAUCCCAGCUCGCUAGGAGAGGUGGUAACGCUGGACUGGGGCUCGCUGGGGGCGGUGCUGCCAGACAGCCCGUGUACCUGGCCAGAAGAAGAUCCUCGCUGAGGAGGAGACCCUGCAGAGACAUCACGCAAAAGGGCUACGAGAAAAAGCGAACGCGCCUGCUCCAGCAGUACGCGUCCAAACAGCUUGGUAAAGGGACGAAUGGUUGCGGCAGUGGUAACGGAAGCAGCGGCGGCCUCGAAAGGACGAGUUUCGGCAGUGGGAGCGGCAGCGGUGGCGGUGGGCGCCCCCAGCCCCGCGCCCGGCGCACUCAGCGACGCGUCACUCACUCCGAAAAACGCUAUCACUCAGGCGGUCGAGUCGCGGCUAAUAGCGGAAUCGGCGCACCUUUGGCUAACCCCACGGCCAACAACAACGCGAGCAACAACUCGAACUCGUCUGCCGCGAGGCGCGGCAACCGCAGGCUCACGCGCAAUGAGAGUCGAUACCAUUCCGAAGUGCGCCAGGAGGCAGUACAGCAGGCCCUGGCGGCGAUGCAGGGCCGGCCGAAGCCCUCGCUGCCGAUGCCGUCGAAGCGGACCUCGGUGAUGGCCCGCAGCCCCGAGCGGCCGGAGCGCACGAGCUCGAAUUGCACGACGACAAACGCCGCCGGGGAGUCGAGCAGCGACGAGGACAGCGUAGUCACGGAGGAGAGUCCCGGGGCCGGCGGACCCACCGGCACCGGGCUCUCGGACACCAGCAGCACGGGCUCGGCCCGCGACACCCCACCACCCCCCAGGCCACCGGCGCGCCGGCCACCCGCCGACAUAACCGACAUAGCCGAGUACACGCCCCACGCCUACUGCAACCUCGUACAGCCACCCGAUGUCACGCACACGUCACGGAGACCAGCUGGUGCAGACCGAGUGAACAGGUACCACGUGGUGGAGGACAACAACACGGGGACGACGGGUCGCUGGAAGGUCUCGGCGAAGAUACAGCAGCUGUUGAACACCCUCAAACGGCCUAAGCGCCGACCAUUGCCCGAAUUCUACGAGGACGACGACAUCGAGCUCGAAAUAGCUGCCAAUCCCAAGGAUCCAAACGCCCCGAAGCCCGAGGGUGGCACGAUGACGCCCGCGGUCGGCGAGUCGAUGUCCGUACCCUCGGGAUUACCGCGAUCGCUCGAGUGCGCCAUUCAGAGGUACGGCUCGGCAUCGUAUAAGGCUCCCGCGGCUACGGUCCUCGACCCUAACGGCAAGCUCUGCGUGACCCUGACCUACGGCAAGCUCCUGAGCCGCUCGUACAAGAUAGCCUACACGCUGCUGAACAAGGCCCUAAGCCGCGUCGUUGGCGAGUGCUGCCUGAAACCCGGGGACCGCAUAGCCCUGGUCUACCCGAACGACGACCCCAUAAACUUUGUUUGCGCGUUCUACGGCUGCCUGCACGCGGGCAUAGUCCCCGUGCCGAUCGAGGUACCCCUGACCCGGCGCGACGCCGGCUCCCAACAGAUCGGCUUUCUACUGGGCAGCUGUGGCAUCCAGGUGGCCCUCACGAGCGAGGCGUGCCUGAAAAAUCUCCCCAAGACGAGCGCCGGCGAGGUGGUGGCGUUCAAGGGCUGGCCCAAGCUGCACUGGUUCGUCACCGAGCACCUCGCCAAAACGCCCAAGGAGUGGAUACCACCCACCAGACUGACCGACGACACCCCGGCCUACAUCGAGUACACGACCGACAGGGACGGCUCGGUCAUGGGGGUGACGGUCACCCGGGCGGCCAUGCUGGCCCACUGUCGGGCCCUGGCCCAGGCGUGUGGCUACACCGAGGGCGAGAACAUGGUCUGCGUGCUCGACUUCAAGCGCGAGGUCGGGCUUUGGCACAGCACCCUCACGAGCAUCCUCAACGGGAUGCACGUCAUCUUCAUACCGUACGCCCUGAUGAAGGUCAACCCGGCCAGUUGGAUGCAGAUGAUAACGAAGCACCGGGCCAGCGUGGCCGUGGUCAAGUCGCGGGAUCUCCACUGGGGCCUACUGGCCACCAAGGACCACAAGGACAUAUCUCUGUCGACCCUCCGGCUGCUCCUCGUGGCGGACGGGGCGAAUCCCUGGUCCCUGUCCUCCUGCGACCAGUUCCUCUCGGUCUUCCAGCCCAAGGGCCUGAGGCCCGACGCCGUCUGCCCGUGUGCUUCGUCGAGCGAGGCUCUCACCGUGUCCGUGAGGCGGCCUGGCCGGGCUGGGGUCAACGCCACGGGCCGCGGGGUGCUGAGCAUGUCCGGCUUGAGCUUUGGCGUCGUCAGGGUCGACCAGGAGAACUCCCUGACCUCGCUCACCCUCCAGGACUGCGGCCAAGUCAUGCCUGGAAGUAUCGUGACCGUCAUCAAGAUGGAGGGUCCACCGUUGGUCUGCAAGACGGACGAAGUAGGCGAGAUCUGCGUCCACAGUCCUGCCACGGCCAGCCAGUACUGGGGACUCCAGGGCAUGACCAACAACAACUUCAAGGUGAUACCCCAGCAGACGGAGGGCCAGCCCCUCGGGGACGUCGAGUACACGCGCUCGGGUCUCUUGGGCUUCCUUGGGCCGGGCAACCUGGUCUUCGUGUGCGGCUCCCGCGACGGCCUCAUGACCGUCACCGGCCGGAAGCACAACGCCGACGACAUCAUCGCCACGGUACUGGCCGUCGAGCCCAUGAAGUUCAUCUACAGGGGCCGAAUCGCGGUGUUCAGCGUUAGGGUCCUCAGAGACGAGAGGAUAUGCGUAGUGGCCGAACAACGGCCCGACUGCAGCGAGGAGGAGAGUUUUCAGUGGAUGUCGCGAGUCCUGCAAGCCGUCGACUCGAUCCACGCGGUCGGUAUCUACUGUUUGGCCCUCGUGCCACCCAACUACCUGCCAAAAACACCCCUGGGCGGCAUACACCUGUCCGAGACGAAGAGGCGCUUCCUCGAGGGCACGCUCCACCCGGCCAACGUGCUCCUCUGUCCGCACACUUGCGUCACGAAUCUGCCAAAGCCACGUGAGAUUCAUUCGGCGGGGGAUUCCGUUACAGAUGUCGGACCGGCGAGCGUCAUGGUCGGCAACAUCGUCCAGGGCAACCGGCUGGCCUCCGCCCAGGGCAGGGAUAUCGGGGUACUCGACGAAGACAGCGACAGCGCGAAAAAGUACCAGUUCAUCUCGGAGAUACUGCGGUGGCGAGCCGUGGGCACCUCGGACCACGUGAUCUUCACUGCGCUGAACUCGAAGGGCGCGGUGGCGUCGUCGCUGUCGUGCUCGCAGCUCCACAAGAAGGCCGAGCGCAUCGGCAACCUGUUGCUCGAUCGCGGCAGGAUCAACACGAGCGACCACGUGGCCCUGCUCUUCCCACCCGGCACCGACCUCAUAUGCGCCUUCUACGGCUGCCUCUACGUCGGCGCCGUUCCCGUCACCAUCCGACCACCCCAUCCGCAGAACUUGCAGACCACCCUGCCCACCGUGCGCAUGAUCGUCGACGUCAGCAAGUCCGUACUCAUUCUCACGAACCAGAGUAUCCUCAAGUUGCUCAAGUCUAAGGAAGCAAACAACGCGGUCGAGGUCAAGAGUUGGCCGACGAUCCUCGACAUGGACGACAUGCCAAAGAAGAAACUGCCGGUGCUGUAUCGCGCCCCCACGGCCGAGAUGCUGGCUUACUUGGACUUUAGCGUCUCGACGACCGGCAUGCUCGCCGGCAUCAAGAUGUCCCACGCGGCCGUCACCUCCCUGUGCCGGUCCAUGAAGCUCGCCUGCGAGCUCUACCCCUCGAGGCACAUAGCGCUCUGCCUCGACCCCUACUCGGGUCUUGGUUUCGCGCUUUGGUGUCUCAGCAGCAUAUACAGCGGCCACCACUCCAUACUCAUACCACCUUCCGAGGUGGAGGCCAAUCCGGCCUUGUGGCUGUCGGCUGUCAGUCAUUCCAGGGUCAGAGAUACGUUUUGCUCCUACGGUGUGAUGGAGCUUUGCACAAAGGGCCUCGGCUCCUCGGUGCAGACGCUCAAGGCACGAGGCGUCAGUCUGGCCUGCGUGAGGACUUGCGUCGUCGUGGCCGAGGAGAGGCCGAGGAUAGCACUGACGACGAGUUUCAGCAAACUCUUUUCCGCCCUUGGCCUGAGCCCCCGAGCCGUGUCCACCUCGUUUGGAUGUCGAGUGAACACCGCCAUAUGCCUGCAGGGCGCCUCGAGUCCGGAACCCUCGACGGUCUAUGUCGACUUGCGCGCCCUGCGCAACGACCGGGUAUCCCUAGUCGAGCGUGGCUCACCUCACUCGCUUUGCCUGAUGGAGUCCGGCAAACUCCUUCCCGGUGUCAAGGUCAUUAUCGCCAAUCCCGAGACGAAGGGCCAGUGCGGUGACUCGCACCUCGGCGAGAUUUGGGUCCAGUCGCCCCACAACGCCAGUGGCUACUUCACCAUCUACGGCGACGAGAGCGACUACGCCGAUCACUUUAACGCUCGGCUCGUCACUGGCAAUACCGGCGAGGUGUACGCGCGCACCGGCUACCUGGGCUUCCUCAGGCGCACCGAGGCCGUGCAGCAGAGCUCCGGGGGACCGGAGAUUCCCGGGGACAACAGCUCGGUGUCCGAGGUUGACGUGGCACCGGGUGAUUCCGAGCUGCACGACGCUGUGUUUGUCGUCGGCGCCCUGGACGAGGCGAUUCUGUUGCGGGGCAUGAGGUACCACCCCAUCGACAUUGAGAACAGCGUCAUGAGAUGCCACAAGAAAAUCGCCGAAUGUGCUGUGUUCACGUGGACGAAUUUACUCGUCGUCGUGGUGGAGCUGGAUGGCAGCGAAAGCGAGGCGCUAGAUCUCGUCGCCUUGGUAACCAGUGCCGUGCUCGAGGAGCAUCACCUUGUCGUCGGGGUCGUCGUAGUCGUCGAUCCGGGCGUCGUACCCAUUAAUUCGCGUGGCGAGAAGCAGCGCAUGCACCUGCGCGACGGCUUCCUCGCGGAUCAACUCGAUCCCAUCUACGUUGCGUACAACAUGUAAACAUCGUAUUAUAGGGAUGUAUUUGUUGUACCAUCCGAUGCGUUUUUCAUCCCCUCAAUGAUGACUAGCUUGCAUCACGUUUCGUCGAUUGACCUGAGCUUUUUGUGCGUUCUUUUGGAGUAGACGCUCCAGAUUUUGGGGGGGGGACGAAAAGAAGUCGAGUUUUCAGACAAGUUAUGUUACUUUGUUGUUAGGUUUCUGUCUUUUUGUUUGUGCCGAAAAUUCGUUUACGGAAUAAACCAACCGUUGGGUACAUAAACAAGCGAAUUCAAUGAAGCACCAGUUCUGCUGCACUAGUUUUUUUUUUGUUUGUAAACUCAACUAUGCCGUUUAAUAUAUUUUUUUUUGUUUGUUUGUUUGAAAAAACACUUUUUUUACCACCAACUCUGUGAUGAGAUGAAGCAAGUAGUUAAAUUUGUAAAAGGUAUCUAUAUAAUAUAUCAAAUGGCGAUAAAAUACACAAAUUUUACAGUUUAUGCAUUUUUUAUAAUAGUGCAGAAAUUUUGCGAAUAAUUAGUGAUAGAAUGAACCUAAAGAGCUUACACUGCAGAUGGUAAUUGUAAAGUUUGUAGCGAAACGACUGCGCACGUAAUUUUUUUGUUAUUACGAUAGAAAACUAUAAUGCUUUAGGUAUUAUGCUAUCUCAAUUAUUAAAUUAAAAAAAAAUAAUAACGGGGUUUUUCUUAAAUUUUCUCAAUAAUACUUAUGACUGCAGAAUUUACACAUUACAUACAUCGAUUCGCACACUUGGAUUAGUUGUCCAUUUUAAGAACAAGACAGUGAUAAUUUUGUAACGUGUCAUUAACGACCUAUUAUAUAUUGUAAUCCACCGUUUUAUACUAAUAAACGAUCAAAACAACGGGAUGUCAAUUUUUCGUUCAUACGCCAAAUGGACUUGCAUAUGACUGUUUCUGUUUUUGAUAAAGUGUACAUUUGUUGAUACGUUUAUAAUUUUAUAAGCCUACUUUAUUUUUGUAAAAAGUACAGUGUAAUGGGAGCAAAAGGCACUGAUGUUGCAGUGACAAGCAGCUUUUACCCCACCAUCUUUUUUUAUGUAAUUGUACUGCAAUUUCCUAUUUUUUUUUUUUUUUUUUUCUCUGCUGAAGUAAUUAUCGUAUAACAGUUAGUAAUAAAGCAAACAAUGAUAGCAGCUAGAACCUUUGUACAUAAAUAUGAUAACGCUGAUAAGCUGUAAGUAAAUAAUGGACUAAUAGGACCUUUCUUUUUUAUUUUGUACUUUUGCGGAACCGUGCCAUCACGUUUACAUGUAUGUAUAUCUAUUUGUAUAUUUUACCACGCGUAUAGUACUGUCACAUUUUUAUGUUAAACUCGAAGCGCCGAUUAACUAACCCGUAGGUAUGUAUGCGAGUGUUGUCAAAGACGUCCUAAAAGUAUAAUAAACCACUAUCUUUGGGUCAGGUAUGAGCAAAUAAUAAAGUCUCUUGUAAGGAAAUGUCAAAUGAAAUAUUUUAAUAACUGAAAUAACAAUGAAAAAUAAUAAACAUUUUGGACGUGAAGGACAAAUUUUUUUAAUACUCGAAAAAAAUAAGCGACGAAAGUGAAUUUGUAAUACAUAUACGCGAUACCCAACUAUUUAUAUAAAAAGCAGUAAAUUUUCUAUUGUAUACACAUUAGCUCUUAAAGGCAGUUGGUAAUAAUUAUACAAAGUCA